AUGUCCCGCUUUCUCUUCUACCCCCAUGUCCGUGGUGCAAUCUCAAGGCUACCAGAGCACUACAAAAGACGAUAUUUAAAGAGUCGCCUGUCUCCACCCAUUAAAUACAUUCAGGAGUCCACUGAACCGUGGAAACGCGCAGCCUCAGAUAAUGCUCUUCAUCCUUCGGAAGCUUUCGAAGUUGCGCCUAAUGUGCUGUUUCCCGAGGAGUCGCAGAGAGCCCUGUGGGGUGGUGAGGGUAUCGUCCGGGGCUUCAUCGAACUGAGACGCACGCACACACGAUGUCCAAAGACAUGGGGACCAGACUUGAGGCAACACAUGUUUUACAGUGAAAUACUGGAACGGUGGAUGACCAUUUUAGUGUCAGUGACUGCCCUGAAGCAGAUUGAAAAUCUGAAGGGUAUCGAUAACUAUAUUCUAGAGACUCCAGAAAAUGAAUUGAGCAGUCGUCUGGCAAUGUAUAUGAAGCGAGAGAUGCUUCUGAGGAUUUCUUCGGACGAGUUCCAGCGAGGAAACCCCGAUCUGGUGAAAAAAUACAGCAAGUUCGCCAUACCGCGGGAGGAAGCCGAAUGGGUCGGUCUGUCACUCGAAGAGGCUAUCAAGAAGCAACUGAAGUUGGAGCACGAACAGGCGCGUAUAGAAGCGGAGACGCCAAAGAAAUACAUCUAUGCUCAAGCUCUGCUUGAGCAGUUGGAGCGGCCCACUGAAUCCACCAGCGAAAGCAUUCCCGACGAGCCGGAACAAAAACCAGGACUGACUUCUUCCAUAAGACAGUCAAUCGGUCGUUUCUUCCAGGGUUCCAAAUCCAAAAACAUUUGA